AUGGCGAUUGGGUAUAUCCUAGGUCUUCUUGCCCAGACUCGUUUGGGCAUUGCGUCUGAAGCCUCCAUAACAGCGGGCUGCAGUCAAGCGUGCUCUCAACUGAUGAACGAGUUCGGCUCUGCUGUCCAUCUCGGUAGCAACGAUUCUUCCUUCGCGAUAUGGGACAUCAAGCAGCAGGAAGUUCUUCCCGCCUGCCGCGUAGAGCCGACAACCGCUUCUCAGGUCUCAAGAGUCGUUGAGAUCACCGUCGAUAACUGGUGCCGCUUCGCGAUCAAGGGUGGCGGACACAUGACAAAUUUGGAUGCCUCCAACUCAGUCGGCGGCAUCACAAUCGACUUGCACCUCAUGGACCACAUUGAGAUCUCAGAAGACCGAACCAAAGCUAACCUUGGACCUGGCCAUAUUCUUCGUGAUGCCUAUUUGGCACUGGAGAAGCACAAUCUCACGAUGGUGGGCGGAAGAACGGCGGAUGUCGGGCUCCCAGGAUUCACGAUCGGCGGUGGACUCUCUGAUCUUGGACCGCAAUACGGCUUAGCCGUGGAUAACGUUUGGGAGUAUCAGCUCGUACUCCCCAAUACUACCAUUGUCAACGUCUCGGAGACUGUCCACCCGGACCUGUACUUUGCUUUGCGCGGAGGCGGUAAUAACUUCGGUAUCAUAACCAACUUCCGUUCACGACUUGUACCGCAAGGGCAGAAGUGGGGUGGUGCAAGGACCUAUCAUAUCAACUUCACCGAUCAGCUCGUCGAUCAGUCUUAUCAACUCGCGACGAACUUGGCUACCGACACAUACAUGUCCUUCUGGAGUCGCAACUCUUACGAUGUUGCCACCGACCGGUUCAGCAUGAGUGUUUCGCAGGCCUACUAUGAUCCCGUCGUUGAACCGCCGGUUUUCGCUGAGUUGAACAAGAUCCCAUAUGAGACGAGCAAUCUUCGCGUAGACUGGAUGAGCAACCACAGUCUCGAUAGCGUCUCUCCUCAUGGAUUACGUCGCGUCUAUGCUUCCAUCACGUUCCGCCCCUCCCGGGUUUUGCACAAGCAAUUGAUCAACAUCUACUCGGAAGAGAUUGAGGGUGUCAAGACCACUCCAGGUCUUUCGUCGUCGCUUGUUGUCCAGGCGUUGCACAAGAAUGCCAUCGAUGCCAUGAAAGUUAGGGGAGGAAAUGCUCUUGGCGUCGAGUCUGACGGGCCACUGAUGAUUGCGCUUCUCACUCUUGGAUGGUCUAACUCGGAGGACGAUGCGGCCAUGUAUGCCUAUGCCGACCGAAUCAUCAACCGAGGCAAGGCUGAAGCCGAGUCAAUGAAUCUGUUCCAUCCUUGGCUGUACAUCAACUAUGCGAAUCACAAUCAAGACCCGUUUUCGGGAUACGGAGAGAAGAAUAAGAACAGGCUCCGAGAGAUCCAGAGAACAAUUGAUCCGCGGGGAAUCUUCACUUCCAAAGGCCUUGUUAGAGGAUCUUUCAAGCUGAAUUAA